GAAUGGUAUGAUCUUAUAUUUCAUCUAUGAAACUUGCGUGCCUUUGUCGUUCUUUGAAGUGUUAAACGAUUAUAGGUAACAUAAAUAAUUUAAAAGUGAUUCUUUAACUUUUCAUGAUCUGAUCGUUUCGAUUUUUAAUUUAUAUUUUUGGCUAAUCAAACUAAAAGUAAAUAACCGUAACAGAAUUAAGUGACUACUAGUACUAGUAUUCAUAAACCAAAGCAAUACGUAGAAUGUGCAUUAACUUCCAAUGCUGAUAACAAACAUACACAUAUAAUUCAUCUGAAACAUAUCAAUCGAAUCAUAAGGAAAUGCGUCAUAACAUCACUAAAAUUAAGUAACAAUAACUACACACUGGCAAAAAUAAUCCAAUGUAAAACCAUUUAGAAUAGUACCUAUAUGCUCGGCAACAACAGAUAUCAUGAUCAUUUUCUUAGUAUUUAUGACGGUUCUCGCCACGGCUUACGCCGACUGUGACGCCUGCAUCCAGGGGAUCUGCCACUCCAAGAAGACCUUAAUCGAGGGUUUCAAUAUAACUGGCCAUCAACUGGCAAUCGACCGCGCCAACAACAUAGUCUAUGUCCAUAUCAACUUUCAAACCAUAGCGUUUUUUCUCGAUGAAGCCAAAAUGCGAAAAGUCGAUUCAGAAAGAACAGUAGGUUUGGCCGUUGACCAAAACACCCAAAUGUUGUAUUCAGGUCGGUUCGUAGAUUAUAGUGCAUUAUACACGUACAAAUAUGAAGACGGCGGUUACACCAAACUAACACUUUUAGAUAUUGGUCGCCCGACACCACCUGCUAAGCUGCGACAUGAAGCCAAUACACUAUACAUUAUCAACGCCGAUGGCACAAGCGCUUUCUUAGACAGAACUUCAAAUUCCAUCACGGGUUACCAUAACUUAGAAAACUUCCCUGUCACCGAUAUGGUCACUGUGAUGAAUGAAAGUGCAUGGUUUUUUACUGCCGAUAACCAACUUUACAGAUAUAACUGGGACGCCAAUGGAAACAAGAUGUUUAUGCUGCUGGUAUUUGCGACAUCGCUCGCUGCGGCUCACGGCAACUGUGACGCCUGCAUCCAGGAACUCUGCUACUCCAAGCACACUCUAAUCGAGGGGUUCGCCAUCACCGACCGCCAGCUCGCCAUCGACCGCAACACCAACAUACUCUAUGUACAUGUCGAAAAACAAACCAUAGCAUUCUUCCUCAAUGAAUCCAAAAUACGCAGCAUCGAUACAGAAGACACAGCAGGUCUAGCCGUAGACCAAGAUAACCAAGUCUUGUACUCCGGUCAGCUCAAAAAUUAUAGUAUAAUAUACACGUACAAAUACAAAGAGGGAGCCGGUUACAUCAAAAGAAAGUUUUUGUAUUACGGUCGACCUACAUAUCCUGUCAGACUUCGGUAUGAAGACACGCUAUACAUGAUCAACGCGGAUGGUAGUUGUGCUUACUUCAACAAAACUGCAAGCUCCAUCACUGGUUAUGCUAACUUAGAAAACUUCGUUGUCACUGAUAUGGUCAGUGUCUUAAAGAAUGAAACUCAAUGGUAUUAUUCGUCUGAAGGCAAAUUAUACAAUUUUAAUAAGGCCAGCGACAGCUGGAAAACCUGGGAUCUCAUCUCUGAUAAGAAACACGCUCUGUCAGUUGGGAAAUUCGGUGACGUAUAUCUUGCAGAUGAUUCCGAAAAAGUUAUUUAUAAAUUAGAUAGGGAAACCAAGGCAAAGAAGAAAUAUGGUGCUUAUAUGAAUGUUUCGUUGGAGGAUUUUGUGUUUGAUAGUGAAGAAAACAUUGUGUAUCUUGACCAUAAUGGAUACGUGGCGCGUUGGGUAUCAACCAAUGAAGCUUGCAAAGAACCUCACAUUAGCUAAAUUGCGAAAAGACCUACGCACCGACUAAGGGCCUUCAAUUCAGAAGAAAUGGAAGAAUAAGAACAGUAAACAUUAUAAUAAUUAGCAGGGGAUACUAAACUGUACAGCAACUCGUAUGGAUGUGUAAUUACAUCGACGUUAUAAUCACUGUAAGCUGUCGAGCCGCUGAUGGUGAAUAAAACGCGUAAAACUACAGCUGUACAGUAUAUUAUAAUUAUGUACACAACGCACAACAAAAAGCAAAGAAUAUAUACAAAUUUACACAAAUAUUUACAAAAAGUUGUGCAAAAGCUAUACAUUUGUUGCUUACCUACUGCCAUGACAGAACAGGGCAAAAAAAUAUGUACAGAAACAAAAGACGCGCGCUGGCAGCGGCAUCCGUACCGACCUGCAUGUCAGAACGCACGCAGCACGGAGGUUGGUAUCUAAUUCCGUCGCCUACAAUCACUUUACACAAACAUAAUUAUUUUAGCACUAUAAAUGUGACAUGGCUGCCAAUAAAAACAAGCGAAAAACAGGAGAUGGUUUUUCUCGGAGCAAUGUAUGACGAAAUUAAACGAUAAUACCAUGAAACAUCAAUAGAAACGCAACAAUUUAUGAAGGAACACUUGCUGAUACGUUUUCCGGAUAUGCAAUAAGGACCUAAUUUAAGAUUGUUUGCAAAAUUAGUUUACAAGUUUAUAUGUAGAAUCAUCUGUUACAAGAUAAAUAGACUUUGUAAAAUAAA